UUUUCAGCAAACGUAAAUAUCAUUUAUAAGGUUAUUUUGUUUUUACCAUUCUGCUCCAUAACAAUUCUGCUCCAUAGAAACCACAGCAAACGUAUUCUUCUUCAUUCUUUGUUAUUCUGCAACGCUUCAAGAAUUAAAUAUCAGAAAAUGGAAAUAGGAAAUAAGGUUUACCUAAAUAACAUUGACCAGAUAGAUGAAAAAUCGCAUAUCAAGGUUCGGGUGCUUAAAAUUUGGAACUUUGUCAGAAAUAAUAAAGUUUGUUCCAUUGAAAUGAUCAUCAUGGAUGAGGAGGGUACACAAUACCAAGCUCGUGUCUUCAAUCAGAAUUUCUCCAGAUUUCGUCAUCUUUUAAAGGAAGAUGAAAGUUAUAUAGUUAUAAAACCAAUAUGGCCGCUGUUACUAAUGGUUUUAGUUAUACAGGUCUUGGUGAAGCUAAAAGUCAUUUUGAAGUUGAAAUGUCAUGAUAAUUUCGGUAUAACUGAAAAAAGCAUAACUACACUUCAAAGCUACUCUUCUUCAUAUACAGAUGACUUUAAGGGCAAUUUUCCAUUAAAAACAAUCUGUGACAUCACCGAACCAAUUAAGGCCGGAGACAGUGAUGCCCUAUUUCCAAUGCAACUUAACGUGUUGAAAAACCACAAGUUUGGUUUUGUUGUAGAUAUUACAGAAUACAAUGUCAACAACUAUAAUAACAUCUACACAGUUCUCAGAGUUACAGAAGAUAUGUCCAUUGUUUGUGAAUUGGAAAGUAAAAUAGAACUUAUGAAUAUUCAAUCUGUCUCCUUAAAUCAAGUUGCUUUGGAAUCCGAUGAUGUUGUACAGCCUGUUCAAAAGGAUGUGAUCUCACAAACAGACGAAAGUUUUAUACCCUCAACAAUUGAUAAGUCAACUGCAACAAGUCCUUGCAAAAUAUCAGGUGAUUUGAAGCGCAACCUCCAAGAAAUUUAUGAUGUUGAUUCUGGAUAUGAUUUAAGUUCAACUAAGGCUAAAAGAAAGUCAACCGCAGAGGAAACUCUACUCUUGAUUCCAAAAAUUGAAAAGUGA